GCACAUCCAAAUCUUGGAUUGAGGAUAUAAAUCUAUAAUGAUGUAUUCAAUGCUGAAUUCACGCACAAAGCAUUCCACAGAAACUUCCGUCAAUAUCUGAACCUCAACACCAACUGACUCCUAAAUCCUCUGCACACACAUCCGAGACAUCUAAUUCGACCCGAACAUCGUCGUCAACAGCACAAUGGCCUUCCCCCUCCUCUUCACUCUUCCCCCCUCCAACCGUCACGAAGUCAUCCUCCUCGACCCAUCCUCCAGCAAACCGACCCUCAAAUCGCUAAACAAACAACUUACAUCCACAAUCGCCACAUCUGCCAAUUGCGCGGAAUUCAUGGGGAAAUACAAAUCUAAGGACGUACAGGAAACAAUUCAAGAGCUGAAAGUGCAUUGGGCGGAAGCGGGGAGGGACCCGAAGAUGUGGCCGGAGUAUACGGUUGUGACGGAGGAGAAUUUGGCUGCGGUGCUAGAGAUGUUGAGGUUGGGGGUGGGGAAAGAUGUGUUGGAGGUUAAGGUUGGGAAGGCGGAGUAAGGACUGUAGGUGUUGGGGAAGAUGGAAGGAAGGAGGACAGAAGGCUGUGGGUAUGGGGUGAUGAGGGAAGAUGAAAGUAAUGAGAUUGACUGGUGUUGUGACAGUGAGUAACGCAACUCUAGACAAUGUGGUUGAUAUUAUAUAAGGUAUUGUUGGUAAAAUUAUUUGGAAUUUCAGAUGGAC